CCUCAAUCCCAAAGUUGCAUGAGUGUACAAUCGCACUGUGACUGUUGCAUGGACGUCUGACUGCGUAUUUGUAAUAGGCAGCGCUGGCAGACAAAAAUACGCCGACUAAUAACGACUUGUACACAAGUCUACCACGAGUGUAAAAAUACCCGUUACACCCACACACCGAUUCAGUUGGUACACGGAAAGCUAUUGACGUUUUAGAGAAGGUCAAGGGCUCCCGUGCGCGAUUUCACAUAGGGGGAAUUCCCUUUAGCUCAUUCGGGCGCUUUUAAAUUCCUUUGCCUGGUACGCCGUAUGACAAAGCGGCAGCGAACACAAGGGACAAACCAUCGUGUUCGACGUGUUUAGGUUCACAUAGGACGACGAGUGUCUCUUAUUUGGUUCGGUAUUUUAUAAUAGUAGCUCACGCCUUUAGAAGAAAAACUAGCUGCAAUUGCUGCCGAAGGAUGUUAAAGAGAAGGGUUUCUACAGUCUCCUAAUACUUGAAUUGACAACAAAUAAUGGGCUUGAUAUGGUCGUUUUUUGUCGGGAACAAAACCUCGUCUCAGGAUGAACUUUUGUCAGUGGUUGUCCAUGGAGGUGAGCCCAACCCGGGUGAGGAGAAUGACGAGCCCUGGUGUUUGCCUCAGCAUGAACUAGAUAAAUGGUUUAGCGAGACUAUAAAACAAGGCACUGAUGCCUUCACAAGGGACUGCCGAUUCGCAAUUAAAAGUGUGGUCAAACACAUACACGAGCAUUGCUCUGAUAACAUUCUUGACUUCGAUGUUAGUAAAGUUGUGAAGGGUGGAUCGCUCGGAAAGGGCACUAUGGUAAAAUAUCUAUCGGACGUGGAUUUGGUUGCGUUUGUCAACAAACCAUACCUGAAACCCAUCGCGGAGAUUGGAAAAGAAGAGUACAAGAGAACCCUGUUAAGAAUCAUUUCUGAUAUAAAGUCAACUUUGCGAGGUGUGCCGAACGUCCAAAUCAUACGAUCCGAUAAAUACUUGUUGAAUUUCAAGAUACAUGUCGGAAGUCGAUGGAUAGACGUCGAUGUUCUUCCUACAACGGAUAACGUUCCAAAUUAUCGAAGGUCGUAUCGCUACCUCUUUCUGACUAUGCUAGACGUCGGGAAUGGAACAAGACAGCUUUAUUCUACAUCAUUCGUUCAGCACCGACGGCGGUUUGUUAAGGAUAAGCCCGACCACGUGAAGGAGUUGAUACGUCUGGUGAAGUAUUGGGCGUCUAGAUUCCUCCCUAAAAAACUCCAGAAGUCCUACCCUCUGGAGUUGAUCACCAUCUACCUGUGGGAGAAGGCACGGGAGCCCAGUGCACUGAGCAAAGCCCAGGGUUUGAGGAGCGUCUUGGAGGUUCUGACCAAGCUGGACAGGCUGCGUGUUUAUUGGAGCUACAUGGCCGGUGUCGAUUAUCAGCUCAACGAAACUAUUAUCAGGAAACUCGACAUGAGAAGCCCAAUCGUUUUGGACCCAGCAAAUCCGACGAACAACGUUUGUUACAUGUACCAUCUGGAGGACAACAUAGAGGUAUUAGCCUCAGCUGCCAAAAGAACCCUCAAGACAGACCUCCUGAAAAGCGUCACCGUGUGGCCAUAAAUGGGAGAAUAUCGCGCCCACCGAUGGUAAUAGGUUUUUGUUUUCAUUUCACUACCAUAUGCAACAAAACAGGGCAAAUUAUUAGCCUUUUUGAGAUGUGGCGGACACUAUUAUGAUUGCACUGUUUUGGUUUGGGUGUAUACAGACAAAUUCAGCGAAACGGUUGUUUGUUUGUUGGUUGGUUUUUUCCUUCUUCUUUUCAUUCAUACAAAAAUUUAUUUCAAUUUACCAUAUACAAGGCGAUAGAGUAUGGGGGUGUCAUCCGAGAGAAGGACAAGGCCUUCUGUAGUGGAGCACUCAAGAAUGCUGUCAAAUUACAAAUAAGUAGAUAAUAACAGUAAAAGGCAGUGGACACUGUUGGUAGUUACUCAAAAUAAUUAUUAGCAUAAAACCUAAUAUAGUGAUGAGUAAU